UAUCUAUACAAAAAUUAUAUUCUUAUCGAAUUCGGAUGUAAAUAAACAUUAAGUUAGGCAACCCAAUUAGCUCCGAUUAAUUAAUUGAGCAGGUGCAUUUUGAUGGAGACGGCGACGAUGAUUGGUGUGAAUGACCGAAAUGAAUUUUUGCAUCGUUGGUAUCGUCAACAUCAUCAUGUAUUGUUUUAUCUGAUGACAUAACCUGUUUAUUUUAAAUAACCUCAAUAUAUUUAUAAAUAACAGAGAGGUGGGACGCGACCACCCGCGUUUUUCAUUUUUUUUUCUGUUGUUGUUGCUCCAUUUAAUUUCCCUAUGGUUUUUUGAAUGAAACCAAUAUUGAAAGUGCAAUAAAUUAAAUGAUGAAUAACCUACUUGCGGUUGUGAUAUUCCUUGCCAUCCGAUGGCUCUCUGUCUUCUUCGUCAACACCUGGUUCGUCCCAGAUGAGUACUGGCAGAGUCUUGAGGUGGCACACAAGUUGGUGUACGGGUAUGGGUAUUUGACAUGGGAAUGGACCCAUGGUAUUCGCAGCUACAUCCAUCCCCUGAUAAUAGCACUGUUCUACAAGUUCUUCAACCUAAUCCAAUUAGAUUCUGCUCAACUAUUGAUUUUAUUGCCCAGAUUCUUGCAAGCUACCCUGAGUACUUAUUCAGAUUACUGCUUCUGGAAGUGGUGUGGCAAGACCAAAUGGUCAAUGUUCUGCAUUGGAAGUUCAUGGUUCUGGUUCUAUACUGGAUCGAGGACAUUGAUCAACACUUUGGAAACCAAUCUGACAAUCAUUGCUCUCUCAAAGUUCUCCUUUAAGGAGAACAGCAGUCUGAAAUUCCUGUGGAUUGUUGGUUUGGUGUGUGCUUUGAGGCCAACAGGAGCUUUGGUCUGGAUACCAUUAUGUUUGUACAACAUUUUAAGCAAUGGAAAAUCGUUAAAAGAAGUUUUGACUAAAUACAUUUUGAUUGGGUUGGCCGUGUUUGGAGCGAGCGUGGCCAUCGACAGCGCGGCGCACGGUUCACUGCUGAUUUCCCAAUGGGAAUUCCUGAAGAUGAACGUGCUCAAUAACGUGGGCGUAUGGUACGGAACCCAUCCAUGGCACUGGUAUCUGUCGCAGGGAAUUCCCGCGAUACUCGGCAUCCAGAUACUACCCUUCAUCAUCGCCGUCGUUCACAUUCUGAAGAAUCGUCGCAACUACCCGGAGGAGCUGAUCCUGCUGGGCACCGUAUGCUUCGUGACGGCCAUUUACAGUUGCCUGGGGCACAAGGAGUUCAGAUUCCUGCUGCCCGUCCUCCCCAUCAUGCUGAAGAUAAGCGCUCAGUAUUUGAGCAAUUGGAGCAGGAAGGCAUCCGACGCCAUUGUUUGGGUGGUGGCCAUAGUGAUUCUGAUUGGUAACGUCGUUCCGGCCGUCUACUGGGGGCGUGUCCAUCAGAAGGGAACUUUAGAAGUUAUGCAACCGCUCCGAGAUUUGGCCCUUAAAGAUCCGAAAGAUGCGAGCAUUCUCUUCUUGAUGCCCUGCCAUUCGACGCCUCUUUACAGUCAUCUUCAUGUCAACGUGACGGCUCGCUUUUUGACCUGCAACCCUAACCUGAAUAACGUCGAUGGAUACGUGGAUGAGGCCGACUACUUUUACAAAUCUCCGUCCACCUGGAUGAGGAACAACUAUCCGCCCAGCAAGAGGCUGCCCAAGUACAUCGUGGCCUUCGAUAAUCUGGAGACGAGCAUAAGCGACGUCCUCAGCAGAUACAAACCCAUUUCUCGUGUUCAGCACACGUACGGCGUGACCCCAGGCGACGACAGAGUAGGUAAGUAUGUCGUCGUGCACGAGUUGCUCAAAUCACACAUCGACAAUACUAGAGACGUUUAAGAACAACAAAAAAAAAUAAUAAUUAUUGUUUUCCAAGUACAAAAAAAAAUCCACAUAUGUGUUCAAAACGGUUUUAACCGAUCGAGGCUUUUUAUUCAUUUUGUUUUUAUUCUUUUAAAGAUCUCCAUUAUUUUUACUCCUGUUUAUUAAUAUUAUUAUUAUUGUUUGCAGUAUUCUUUUAACAAUUAUGACUUUCUCAAAUGAAAUGUUUUCCUUUUCACGACAAUAAACGUUUUAUCCCGA